AUGUGGCUGGUUGUGGCAGUAACAUGUUUAAUCCAACAGACUAUACACUCAGAAGGACUGGGGAGACAUUUGAAUCCUCAAGCGUUAAUGACAAUACCUGAAACCAUCCAGUCCUGGGGAUAUCCCAGUGAACAAUAUGACGUAAAGACUGAUGAUGGCUAUUUCCUGCAAUUAAACAGAAUUCCUUAUGGAUUACACAGUCCUGGGAAGAAAGGAAACAACCCAGUUGUGCUACUGGUACAUGGUUUUGUUGCUGACAGUAAGACUUGGAUACUAAAUCUUCCCAGCAACAGUCUAGGAUUUGUCCUAGCAGAUGCUGGCUAUGAUGUUUGGAUGCUAAAUUUCAGAGGGACCACCUGGUCUAGAAGACACCAGAACUUGUCAAUUGAGCAAGAAGAAUUUUGGGAUUUCAGUUUUCAUGAAAUGGGGAUUUAUGAUAUUCCAGCAGUGAUGAAAUUUAUCUUGAAGAAAACUGAACAAGAUUCAUUAUAUUAUAUUAGCCAUUCUCAGGGUUGUGCAGCAGGUCUGGUUGCCUUUUCACUCAUGCCAGAACUUGCUCAAAAGAUCAAGCUGUUAAUGUUCUUCUCUCCUGUCUACAUGCUGGUGGGCACUAGCGGCCCUAGUGAAUUAGGUUUAUUACUUCCUGAUGAAUUCUUAUGGAUUAUAUUUGGCAAGAAAGAAUUCUGUCUUAUCUCUAGGAAGGUGAAACGUGUGAAUACUGAGCUAUGUAGCUUUGAAAUAAUAGACAAAUAUUGUGUUCACAUACUUUCAAUAAUUAUAGGAUGGAAUGAGAAGAAUCUAAAUACGAGUCGAAUAGAUGUCUAUGCUGGACUUUUUCCUGAAUAUACUUCAAUAAAAACAGUGGUUCAUUUGGGCCAGAUUGCUAAAUCAGGAGAAUUUAAAUAUUUUGACUAUGGCAAUAAGAACAAAGCUGUAUAUAAUAGGACCAUUCCUCCAUUUUAUAACAUAGAAGAUAUGACUGUGCCAACAGCUGUGUGGAGCGCUGGAAGAGAUAAGGUUAUAAAUACAAAAGCUGUUAAACUGCUGCUCCCUCGAAUCACUCACUUAACUUUCUAUAAGAAUAUGCCUGAUUGGAACCACGCAGACUAUUUUUUGGGCCUUGAUGCUACGAAGUACCUAUACCCAGAUAUUUUUUCAUUGAUGGAACAUUACAAAUAA